CUGUUCCAGGAAAACCUUCUAUUAACUCGGAACUAUUGCGGGUGGAGGAAAACUUCAAUUUCACGCUUGAGUGUGUUGUUAGUUUGGGUAUCCCUCCAGCGCAGGUCACGUGGUACGUCAAGCACCCAGAUGACCAGGCUUUCAGUGUUAUCUCCUCCAUGAUUGACCCGGAAGACCAGAAAAGUGAGACAUGCGUACCAGUUAUUAACCAACAGAUAAUAGCGUCGAUAACUGAGGAAACAAGCGGAAGUGUGUUUCAGUGUAGAGUGGAGGGACCACUCAUUGAAAAUGAAAAUCAUCAAUACAAAGACGAAAUAACCGUGGAAACACCAGAACCGAUCGUGACUGAGGCCCCUUACGAAGUACCAUGUACCGGGAAAAACUGCAACGUCAACAAAACGGCUGCUUUAGAAUAUAACGGCGCACAAUCAAAAUCAAGCGUCAUUUUCACCAUGGCAACAUCUAUUGUCAUACUCAUCAGCACCCUUGCUCUGCGGUAGUAACCAGUUAUAACGCUAUUCCAGUGAGGUAGAUAUUCAAGUGCUCAUAACCUUGGCCUAGCUGGAGCAUCGAAUGAAGAAAAAAUGUUUGGACAAAAAGGAAAUUUCAGACAAAAUAAACCCUCAGGAGUCAUAAAGGAUGCAUUGCUUCUAAAUCGUCGUUUCAGACAGACGUACGCGGUCUCUUUAAUGAAUUGUUACCAUAGUAACGAGUUCAUUUAUAUAAGUUUGAUCGGAAAUGAAUCAACGUGGCAAUUGGACAAUCGUUGCUAUAUCUUUAAAAUUGUAUGUAACACCUUAACAGUGUGUGAUUACCAUGGUAACGAUCUAUAACUCUGGUGGGAAAGCCGGCAGUGUUUAUAUGGGAACAUUGAUGCUAUAUUAUUGAAAAAUGUACUGAGCGUCUUUGAUGUAUUGUUAUCAUGGUAACGAAUUAUUAAGUCUGGUCAGGAUAACCCUGAUUUAUAGCUUACGAUCCGCUAGGUAAUACACCUAUUUAUUUCAAUUAGCCGUCCAGUACUGGGAUACGUCAUCGAGGGCUCUCUCUGGACCUGGCGCCAAGGCCAAGAAUCAGUCUUAAUAUUUAGUCCAAAUUUAAAAUGUCGAUAAGAUAAGUAUGUCUCUUGAGAACUAGUGUAUUAAAUUACGUGUAACAUGAGAAGACACAGUACAUACUUACGAUGUGUACAUGUACACUUAUGUUAAAUGAUAAUUUAAUAAGUUAUUAAAUAAUAUUCAAAUUUGGACUCUGGUCAUAAUUCGUUCAAGACCUUGGAGCCAGGUUUUAGCAUAAUUCCAGCAGAUUGAAUAGUAGUCACUCAUAUCAACAAGCAAAAUAAAACCGGAAGUAUCUAUAGGUUCCAAGAAAUCUUCUUGAAACAUUCAUCAAUAUAAUUCGGCAAAAACAUUAUUCACAUUGACUAAAAGUAGCGUGUCAUUUUUAAGGACCACUAGCUGUCAUUUAACCUCAAUAAAACCACACAAUAUAUCUAUUCAAUCCAACUUGUAAAUCCUGUUUCACAUGUUUGUAAAAGUAGUUUAUCUAGUCUUUGUAUCGAACUAUACCUUUAGAAAAAGGAAAAAUAUUAUCCACACUGGUAAUUUUUUUCCAUUUUAUUCUCACUAUGUCCCCUUAUCUUUGAUAUACACUAUAAACGGUUAGAAAACACGAAGAUAGACAAAUUGACAAGCGUCUCAUAAAUAAUUAC